UUCUUUCAUUGUUUUAUUCGCGAUUUGAGUUUUGGAUCAAAUUUUGGAUUUUUUUGUUUUUGUUUUGGUUUCAAAUAGUUCCAUGAUAUGAUUAUCGAAUAAAGAUUUUUUUUAAUUUAAAAACAAGAUAAAAAUGUCAUCAUCAACAACAACACCAUCAACCGAAAUAGUUACACAUCAAACAAUGAAAGUAAAUCAAAUACGUCGUCGUAAAAAAGUAUUAUUAUCAAUGUUACGGCAAAAUUCCGGCCUAUUAUAUUCAUCACGUAGAUUUGGUAUAUCACCAAAAUUUAAACUUCGUGAUCAGGAAGGUGAAUUUGCCAAAUUAUUUCCACAAUUAAAAGCAAAUCCUGAUGCAUUUUAUGAUUAUCUGGGUAUGUCGGAAAAAACAUUUAUGUUAAUAUUGAAUGGUAUUCAGGAUAAAAUUACUCGUCAUUCGAUUCGAAAACCGAUUAGCCCGGAAGAACAAUUAUUUGCUUGUAUAAGAUAUUUAGUACAAGGUGUAUCACAUCGUGUUAGUGAACAACAACUUCGUAUUGCUCAUCAAACAAUUUCCGGAAUUGUUGCUAGAGUUUGUCAAGCAAUUUGCGAUACAUUUAUGGAAAAAUAUCUAUCAUUUCCAACGGUUGAAGAAUUUAAACAAAUUGCCAAUCGUUUUUGGACAACAUGGAAUAUACCAAAUUGUUUAGGCGCUAUUGAUGGUAAACAUAUUCGAAUUAAAAAUUCUGAUAAUAAACAUGGUAUUUAUAUGCAAGCUGUUACCGAUGCUGAUUAUCGUUUUAUUUGUUGUGAUGUUGGUGUUUAUAAUGGCCAAAGUGAUAAAGAAUUUUUUUCCAAUUCAAUAUUUGGUCAAUCGGUUAUUAAUCAAACAAUUCAAGUACCAACCGAAUCAAUGUUACCGAUUAUUGAACCACAAAUUGAUUUACCAUAUUUUUUUAUUGGUGAUGAUACUUAUCCACUUCGUACAAAUUUACUUCGACCAUAUCCCGAACGAUAUAUAAAUGAAUCACAAAAAAUUUUCAAUUAUCGUAUUAAUCAAGCAAAAAGAGUUGCUGAAUAUUCAUUUGGUGUUCUGAUUGAUAAAUUUAAAUGUUUAAAUUCAACAAAAUUUAUGCCAGAUAAUUCAGAUUUUAUUGUACUUACUUGUGUACUUUUGUACAAUAUGAUUCUUACCGAAGAAGGUUUUAAUUAUAAUCAAGAAACAUUCGAUUCAUUACGUACAACACAUAUUGAUAGUUCACAAAAACCUAAAACCAAAAUUAAUAAUCCAACAUUUGAUGCUAAACGUAUACGUGAUAUUUAUGCGGAAUAUUUUUUCAAUGCUACCGGAUCGGCUGUACAAUCAAAUUCGAUUGUUGUUAUUCAACAACCAUCAUAUACAACAACAACAACAAUUAUAUAGGCUUAAAAAAAUAUUUUUAUUUUGUACAUAAUAAUUUUGCCAU